AUUAUUUGGAUUUUAAUUACAGUUCAAUUAUACAGUACAGUUAUAACUACUAGCAUCAUUAUUCACACAACAACUUCAUCGACCAAUGACAGUGCUUUUGGUCACAUGAUUUACAAAAAGAGGGCACAUUAAAAUACUGGUUGCACAGACACACCACAUUGAGUCAUACAACAUUUUCGUGAAGAAGAAGGAAGCGACUUGGAAAAGUCCUGAAACGGAGCACGCUUCAGACAAAAUAUUGAGUUCAUAGCCAUUGUGUUGACAGAGGACCACUCCAGAUGUUCAGUGUGCACGGAAGUGCUGAAGGAUCCAGUCUCCAUCCCCUGUGGACACAGUUACUGCAGGCAGUGCAAGAUGCAAGCUAACCGUGCAGGAGGACACUAUGCUUGUCCAAUUUGUAAGAAAAGAUUGAAGACAAAGCCUAAAAUAUACACAAACUCACCCAUAUCAAAACAACUCCCAAGCUCUAGUUCAGAAUGUGGGCAGCUCUCCUGUGAUUUCUGCCCAGUGAAAAAGCUCAGAGCUGUUAAGUUCUGUCUGAUGUGCACUGCUCUGUAUUGUGAGACCCAUGUCAUCCAGCACUACACUGUCCCAGCAUUGCAACGACAUAGACUGGUGGAGCCAAAAGAGCACCUAGAGCAGAUGAUCUGCCAGCACCACCAGAGGGCGCUAGAGAUGUUCUGUAGGACUGACCAGACCUCCAUAUGCAGCAUGUGUGCUGUGCUGAAACACCGGCACCAUGACAUCAUGAUUGAGAAUCUAGAACAGUUAAACAGUCCAUGGCCAGGUGUAUCCACGGUGUUGUGCAGAAAGGCCCUUCGAGUGAACACAGAGGUGGAGAGCCGUGAGCUAAGGAUGGAAAAUAAACUACAGCGGGAGAUCAUCAUGCAACUGAGGAAAGUAAAAGUCAACCAAAAAAACAAAGAGGCAAUACGUGAGAAAAAACAUGCAGAGGAAACACAGCAGAUGGAAGAGCACAUGUCUACACUUGAGAAAGGAAAUGCAAAGCUAAAGACACACAACAACAAGCUGAGGAGAAAAAUGUCCAAGCUUAAAAAACACAUUCAUUUACAAAAAGGCGAGAGACCCCUGGUGACUGUAAUCCAACACCAACGCAGACAUGCUCUUCCUGCGAAGGUGACUUUGGACUUCUACACAGCCCAUAGACGACUAAUUCUGUCUGAUGAUAAGAGGAAUGUAAAGCUAUCUGGGUGUCCUCGGAGUUCCCAUAACCAACAGCAUGGACUAGGUGGGCAGCCCUUCGUGCUGGGCAGAAAAGGCUUCACCUCUGGACGUCGUUUUUGGCAAGUGGGAGUGAAUAACAGGUGGACAAUUGGAGUCACAAGAGCCUCCGCUCAGAGGACUGACAGUGUCACCUUCUAUCCUAAUCAAGGCUACUGGUGCCUUAGUUGCUGGAUGCAAUUCUUGGCGCUCACGUCCCCCAUACACCAUCUCCCUAAGGACGCAGUGCCCAGAGAACUGGGCAUUUGUCUAGAUAUUGACGAGAAGUGGGUGUCGUUCUAUAAUGCUGAAUCAAAGACUCACAUUUAUACCUUCGCUGACAUGGACUUCAGCGAAGGUGAAGAAAUCUACCCCGUGUUCUGCACACUGGAUGAAGAGAAAGAGAUUAAAAUAAGAAGACAACCCAUUCUACACUGUCCAAUAUUUGUUUCAGAUCAAAAGAUGGUCCAAACUGGCAACGCUGGGGACGAAUUUGUAUGAACAGACAUUCAAACACUAGCAACACAGAAAUCCACUACAUGAAUUGCGUUAUAGUUGCACUGUACAGGGAUUUCACUUGAAUUCUUCCGUAGUACUUCAGUACUUCCCUUGAACUUGACCACUAAAAUAGGCCUUCCAUUUAUUUUAUAUGACACUGUACGCAGGAAAUAAGUAGCAAAUACUUAUCUAUGCACAUAAACAUAAUGUUAAAAUCGACAUAGUAGAAUAAGACAGGGCUUCAUGUAUAGAAAAUGAGUUUCAGUAAUUGAAAACAGGUAACAAACUAACCUGCAAAAUAUGCUUGGAAUUUCUUGGAAGUAAAAUUACUGUCUGCAUUUCUAUUAUGAUAAGUUUCAGCUAAUUAGGUCUAUAGCUGGUGGCCUAGCUACCAUGUUUAAUAGCUAUUUUAAAUGUAGAAUUGUACCAACUGAUAUGUUGUUUUCAGAUUAAUGCCACUAUACCUGCCCUUUGUGCACUAGUCUAAGGCCUUCUAAAAUGAAUAGUGCUACAACACCGUAUAUUAGCACAUUGUGUAGAAAUGUAAUAUUGUUUUAUAUUGUAACAAACUGCAAGGUUGUC